CUGACCCAUUAGUGUUUCGGUCAUAGUUGAGUUAAGUAUACUAAGAUGUUUAUUUUAACGCCCUCUUUCGGCCUAUCUAGGAAUUUUUUUAAUAUCUUAUUUCUAGGCGGAGUUAUACCUAUGUCUGUCUCUUUCACACGCAAACCUUUCGGCAAACGUUUUUACGAGACAGAGACAGAUAUCAGUAUGCAUCAAGGACUAACAUCGUAAACAUCACGUGUGUUUAUUUAAAAGUGUCAAAUUAGUAGUUAAGUCGCUUUAGUGUAAAAAUCAAAGAAUGUCUUCAAGGUCGAAAAAGAUAAUGGAAUUGCUUAAUUCUACAACUGAACCUUCUCGUGACGAUACAGAAGCUCAAAUUCAAGAUCCCAUUCUAAACCCAGACCCUAGUCAAUCUCCGUUUCUAAAUAAUACGUCUGAUAGCAACAAAGUGGCGUUUGACAUAGAUGAAGAUAGUUCAGUUCAGAAUGUUGCAGUUGAUAUCGUGAUGUUAUGUGAUAUUACCAAUAAACCUGAAAACCAGCGUUAUUACAAUGCUAAGGACUUUUUUGAAAGCGAGGUUACUCAUCAUCAUAAAUAUUCUAGCCGUAAAAGAGUCCAAGUUGACUACAAUGUUUCACCCGUACAUUCUGGUGAAAUCAGUCCAGAUAUCAGCGACAAUGACGAUCCGAGCUAUAAUAGUCAAAUAAAAAGAAAGAAAAUAGAACCAGUACAUCUUUCAUCACGUCGGUCAUCAUCUAGCUCCAGCAGCACUUCAUCCUCCAGUUCAAGCAGCUCCAGCAGUUCUUCAUCUUCUGAUGAUGAUACAGUGAUACAACCUUCUACUUCCGAUCAUGUGGAUGAAAAUACUAUCAAUAAUGUAGAUACUACAGCUAAUGGACAAUCAACCAACGGACAAGAAACAAGUGAAAUUGAAAACUCUGAAAUGAACGAACUCAACAUAGAAGAACAAACAGAGAUUAUUAAGAAGAAAGGUAGAAAGCGCACAAGUAAUCCUCAAAAAUGGAAACAAAACAUAAAUAAAAUUCUAAGAAAUUCUGGACGCUCCUAUGAGACCGCGAAAAAGAAAACUGUUGCAGCUCGUGAAGUGAAACCACCUUGUACAGAUAAGUGCAGACUUAAAUGUUCUGAAAAAUUUACAUCUCUUCAAAGACAGGCUAUUUUUGAUGCUUAUUGGAAUAUUGGUGAAGUAAAUCAGCAGCGAUCGUUUAUUCAGUCUUGUAUGUCCGAUGUCACUCCUAGGUAUAAAUAUUCAAACGCCAUGCGCCCGAGGCAAGCUAAUAAAGCUUUUAAUUUUAUAGUAAAUGGUAUAUCAAUCCGGGUUUGUAAAACAUUUUUUGUUGGUACGUUGAAUAUAUCCGAUCGUGUAAUUCGUACAGUAAUCCAGAAGUGUCAAAACAAUGGAGUUCUGCAAAAUGAUCGAAGAGGUAAACACGACAACCACACCACUACUGAUGAAACACUCAUUCCAGACAUUAAAACUUUUAUAGACUCAAUACCAAGGGUUCCGUCACACUACACAAGGCAAACAUCUACUCGCGAAUACAUAGACGGCGGCAAAACUAUUACAGAUCUCUUCAACGACUUCAAGGUAGCGCAAGAGAAGAAUAGUAAGCCCUAUGGUAAGUAUUGCAUGUUUUACUGUACAUUUACUAAGGAAUUUAAUAUUUCAUUUUUUUGUCCGCAAAAAGACCAAUGCGAUCUUUGUCUACAGUAUACAAAUUCAAACGCCGAGCAAAAAAGUAUGAUUCAUGAUAAGUAUAUAGCUCAUAUAAAAGAAAAAAAGCUAUGUCGUAAUGAAAAACAUGAUGACCGGUGCAAAAUAGAUGACAAAAAUAAAGUCUUAGUGUUCGACUUGCAGGCGGUGUUACAAUCGCCACGAGGCGAUACAUCAGCUUUUUAUUAUAAAUCUAAAUUAAAUAGUUAUAACUUUACCAUCACACUCUUAAACAAAAAAGUUGAAGCCCAGAUGAAAGAUUCUUAUACUGAUGUACACUGCUAUUUCUGGAAUGAAACUGAUGCUAAACGAGGUGCUAAUGAGAUAGGCUCCAGUUUAUUGGAUUGCUUUGAGAGACUAUGUUGUGAAGCAGGGGUAAGUGCUAGUAAUAGUGAUGGCCUGAACUUGAUUCUGUAUUCAGACAACUGUUGUGGUCAAAAUAAGAAUAAAUAUAUAGUAGCGCUUUAUCUAUAUGCUGUAACCCACCUGGAUAUAGAAUCAAUCACACAUAAAUUCUUAAUUAAAGGUCAUACUCAAAAUGAGGGUGACAAUAUUCAUAGCCUGAUCGAAAAAGAAAUUAAAAAGAACUUAAAAUCAGGACCUAUUUAUUGCCCCCACCAAUAUGUAACCAUUAUUAAAAAUGCCAAAAAGACUGGUCAAAAGUUCCGCGUACAUGAACUUACAUACGAUUCAUUUUUAGACCUAAAAGAACUGCAGCAAAAUUGGGGAUACAAUUUUAAUGAAACUGAAGAUAAAAAAGUUUUAUCAUGGAAUGAUAUCAAAGUUAUAAAAGUAAUAAAAAGUGAACCGUUUUCAUUCUAUGUGAAAACAUCAUACAACAAAGAUGCAGAAUUUGAAAAGAUUAACGUAAGAAACAAAAGAAAAAAAAUGAAUCCCCUAUCAGAGCUGAUAACAGUAAAAGCAUACACGGGCAAGCAAACGCUCGGUGAAAAUAAAAAAAAGGAUUUAAAAGAGUUACUUGAUAAAAAUUUGAUACCCAAUUUUUAUAAAGAUUUUUAUGAUACGAUUCUGUAAUCAGGGUGAAUACUUGCAUGGUGCAAAAAAUUUGUAUGUUAGGUCUUGUAGUUACUGAUUAAGUGCCUAAUAUUGAAAAAAAUGAUCUCAUAAUUAAUAAAUAAGUACAAUUAGGUAUUAUCGUGUUGUUAAAUAGAUAAUAAGUGUGACUAUUGUUAUUUCCUUGAGAAUCGUUAUUCAGAUUUACGGUUUGUUUUUAAAUUUCCGAUAAAUUAAAAGUAACUCCUAAUAUUGUAAAUUUAAUAUUGAUCUCUUCGUUAAGUUUAAUUCGUUAAUUUUAUAACCUAGGACAGGUUUUUACUGCUUUUUUAUAAAGUUAUUAAAUUACAUU